GUCUGGUGACUUCGCUGGCUUCCUUCAAGGCAGUGACCACCUCCAGGGAUUUGGUCUCCUGAAGUGCCUCUUCUACCAGGGGUCCCUAGACCGCUGCACAGCGAUGCCAGGACGCUGAACCUCCAUGCCAAGGCUCUGGGGACAGUCACCCGGAGUGCACGGUCACGCCAAGACGCUCUCCGGGAGCGGUCAGAAAGCGCCCCCGGCCCGAAUUUGUGGGCCGGGCUUCUUCCGUGCGUCUUCAGCUCCGGGCCUUGAGCCCCCAACCCUGAGCCGGGGCCCUGUCUCCCCCUCCCAACAAUCCCACACCCCAGCAGCAUCCUCUCCCGGAAACAAGCCUGCUGAGCAAAGGCGGAGGCAAACCUUGGGCCUUCCGCUCUGAUUGGUCUUCCCCCGCCGCGCGGGGCGAGGCGACGAUUGGCUGCCGGGCGUUGUCAGUCGCCGAGGCCAGAGCCGUCGCCGGGGAAGCGCAGCCCGGCUCCCGUGCUCCCGCUGCCGCCGCGGCUGCUCGGCUGGUGCAGCUGAGCGAGCCCGCGCGGGCACCACCGCCGCCUCCGCCGCUGUCCACCGCGCGCAGCCAGCGCGGCGGGGCUUGCAGGAGGCCGACGGGAGGGGCGGGCGCGCGAGCGGAGCACGAGGAGGCGGAGGCGGGGGAAAGUGAUGCUGGCGCCGGGGAUCCGGGCAGCGGCAGCGGAGAAUAAGCAUCUUCGGGACCCCGGCUGCAGCGUCCCUCUGGCCCGCGGGCCAGCUGAACGGCCAGAGACCGUGCCUCUCGCAGAUCUACUAGAGCAACUUCAGGGACUGCUGAGUCCCGGAGUGGAGGAAGGGUUGUGUGAACAAAGAGUCUCUGCUCUCAGAAGAAUGCAGAAACCUUCAUCAUAGGAUUGACUUGGAAAAGUGUUGUGGACCAACUCUGGCCAACGAAGCAUGAAGACUAGUCUUCUGGGGAAGGAAGAAAUGGGUCUCCAUGGAACUGUGGAUGGUCUUUGUGUCAGAAGUCUACAUGUUGGUGACAAGCAGCUUCUGGAGUAGGCCUCUCCAAUCUCCACAGACCCAUGGAGACCACGGUAGAUGCUCUCUGCAGCUGGGGUGAGAAGAGAGAAGAGGCAGCCGGCUUGGUCCAGCAGAGUUCCAAGGACGAUUUCUGAGGCAUGGAGCGUCCAUUAGGGUGGGAGGAGAGAGAAGUGAGUGCUACGAAGCCUGAGCAUAGCUAAGGCUCAGGGACACCUAGCAACCGACUCCUCUCCCGCAGAAUUCAUUGCUUGCUGAAUAAUAUGCUGCCUUUGCAAAAGGACGCAAAACUCGUGCCCGAAAGACGUGUUCUUCAGCCUUUGCACUAGACCUGUUCUCAAGACCAUGGCUUCAAAGGUCUCCUGCCUCUAUGUUUUGACCGUUGUGUGCUGGGCCAGCGCUCUCUGGUACUUGAGCAUCACACGACCUACUUCUUCCUACACUGGCUCAAAGCCAUUUACUCACCUAACAGUUGCCCGGAAAAACUUCACCUUUGGCAACAUAAGAACUCGACCUAUAAACCCCCACUCUUUUGAGUUUCUGAUAAAUGAGCCCAACAAAUGUGAGAAAAACAUUCCUUUCCUUGUGAUCCUCAUUAGCACCACACACAAGGAAUUUGAUGCGCGCCAGGCCAUCAGGGAGACGUGGGGGGAUGAGAACAACUUCAAAGGGAUCAAGAUCGCCACUCUCUUCCUCCUGGGCAAACAUGCUGAUCCUGUUCUGAACCAGAUGGUGGAACAAGAGAGUCAGAUCUUCCAUGACAUCAUCGUAGAGGACUUCAUUGACUCUUACCACAACCUCACCCUCAAAACCUUAAUGGGGAUGAGAUGGGUCGCCACUUUCUGUUCCAAGGCCAAGUAUGUCAUGAAGACAGACAGUGACAUUUUUGUGAACAUGGACAACCUUAUUUAUAAACUCCUGAAACCCUCCACCAAGCCGAGAAGAAGGUAUUUUACUGGUUACGUCAUCAAUGGUGGGCCCAUCCGGGAUGUCCGCAGUAAGUGGUAUAUGCCUCGGGAUUUGUACCCUGACAGCAACUACCCGCCAUUCUGUUCAGGAACUGGCUAUAUCUUUUCCGCCGAUGUGGCUGAACUCAUUUACAAAACCUCCCUCCAUACCAGGCUGCUUCACCUUGAAGAUGUGUACGUGGGACUGUGUCUUCGAAAGCUAGGCAUACACCCUUUCCAGAAUAGCGGCUUCAACCACUGGAAAAUGGCCUACAGUUUGUGUAGGUACCGCCGCGUCAUUACCGUCCACCAGAUCUCCCCAGAAGAAAUGCACAGGAUCUGGAACGACAUGUCAAGCAAGAAGCAUCUCAGAUGCUAGGGGUUUUUAUUGAUGUACAUACGUUUCUUUUCUAAGAAAUGGAGACUAAGGUGUUGGUAUUUUGCGGGCGUCACCAAGGGGAAAUGAACUGGUAAGGGGUUUUGUAAAGUCUUUGCUUCCUGUUCCUGGUUCCUUUCUUGGAUCACUAAUUUACAAGUGUUAGGCUCAGUCAUGGAAACAGUAAGUGCGUUGGGAGGGCCAGAUUUCAUUCUCGGGUCCUAAGACAUUGUCAUUUGUUUCCAAAAGUGACUCCACAUGACUGCUAGGAUUUGUGGGCUGCGCAUCUGAGAUCAAAAUCUGGGUCAGGAAAUGGAAAUUCACACCAAGGUCUUCAUAUCAUUGCUGCAAAAAUGAAUAGUAACUCUUUAGAGGGGGAAAAAAAAGCCAGAAAAGAUACAUAGUCAGGAAGGCACACUGGAUAUGAUUUUGGAUUUUUGCAUAUAUUGCCAAGGAAUGUGUACAGAAUUCACGAUUCAACCAAUAAUUGAUUUUAUCUUAUCCCUGAUAGGGAGACUGUGGUGAGAUAGAUGGGAACUGAAACUUGAGAAUCAAUUAUUCUGUAUGAAUAGAAAACACGUAGGCUUAUACUUUCAAGGAUUAAAUCUGGCCAUCAGGUGGGAUGUACAUAAAAUGCUACUCCAAGUAAGCAAAUAAACACAUUUUUUUUCAGAACAGAUAUUACAUGGUGCCACCAAGGAGACUGCCAAAAGUAGUACUGUCACCUGCUUCCCUCCAUAUAAUGUCUUUAAGUGCAUUUUAUAGUUCUUUGAUCAGGCAGGUGUAUGUCUCCAUGUGUAGAAAAUAAGUUAGUAGGAGGGCCAGAAACAACACAUAGCAGUUGAUAAAAUGCAAAUUUAGGCAUCCAUUCUAACUAGCAUAAGCUUAGCAAUAGGUACAAUGCCCCUCUCACAUGUGUGCAAAGCAUGUGAGAAAAAUCUUUAACAGGUACCAGUGUUAUUGAAAGAUGUGGCCCUGCUACCACAAAAAAAAAAAAAACCUGUAAUAUGCUCAUGACAUCUAAAGCAUUUAAGUACUUUUAGCAGCAGAGCUGUUCUGAGAUGUUCUGGAGGUUCUGUGGCUGAGAUCCAAGGGAAGGAAGAGCAGGGAAGCCUGAGUUCAGAUCCCACUGAUGCCACAAAUUUACAUGGACCCUAUGAACAGGCAUCUCUUUUUUUUUUUUAUGUACUUCUGUAUGCUCACUUGCAAAAUGGCUAAACAGAAAAUCUACCUCACAGGUACUGUGAGAGCAAAUCAUGACUGCUAAUAAGUAUUUUGAAAUCUUUAGUUUAAAAGGUGCUACGUAAUGCCAUGUAUCAUGCAUUAUGCUAAAUGCUAAAAUGAUUACAGUCAUUAUAAAGAUGGUCAUCAGUUGUGGAACGUCAUCUUAAUAUAACAAUUUACCCAAAUAAAGAUUGACUGUGAACUCUCAGUGUACCUAAUUCUUCCAAGACUUGAUAUUUCCUUGGCUAUAAGUUAGCUGAUUGUGGAAGCUUCAAUUUCUCUGCCAUGUUUCUUGUUUGGGUGACAAAUUUGUCACUCUGGUGUGUUGCCUUGGUAUCCCAGAAUGUUGAAAAGCAUUUGCUUUGCUUUGGGAGGAGUUUUACGUUUGGUUUGCAUAAAUCAUAGGAAUCAUUUGCCAUGAAUUCUUAAAUUUUUUUUAGGAUGAGUAGAGCUAGUCCUUAGAUGAGGAUUAAGCACUCAGCACAUCUUCCAUUCAUUAGGGAACUCAUCACUGUCAUGCAAAAAAAGACCCGCAGCUAAAAGUGUUCCAAAAGAUCUAUUUUAUUUGCACCUUGACAUCUGGAAUACCCACAUAGAAGCUGAUGCUGGUAGUGAUAGGGAGACAAAAGGAAGAAAUGGAGCCCCUAUCAUCUCAUCAACCCUUGCUAGGAAACACCGGAUCUAUCAUUAUUCCCAAAGUACUAAAUGGCACAGGUCCUCCCACCCUUUCAUUUGAUUUGAUCCCUGAGCAGUGUCAAGGGUUCAGAGAAGAGGUGAAGCAGGGUAAGUUGAGCCACCCCCUCAUCACCCAGCCUCAACCAUUGUGAGCUCCAAUCACUGGGAAAGCCUCAUAGCCUCCCAGCUGCACAGCUGAAUGCAGUCUCUGUCUCCUACUAUGGCCUUGCAUCUACCAUGCUCAGCCAAGUCACUUUUCAUGUUAAAGAAUCUCACAUUAUAAUAACCAUGUGUGUCCACCUAUGAAUUGUUUUAUACCUAUGUGUGGAAUAUGCAUAGAGCCCUGGUCUUGAAAAGGAGCAAACAUCAGAAAACCAUGUCUUAAAGAACUAUUUCUUAUCUUUUUUUAUGCUUCAUAGUGCCCAUAUGAUAAACAUGUAAAUAGACAUCAACGAUUACAUGUACAUAUUUUAAAAGAGGUUUUUCUUCACUUCAAGUGUAUGUACAGAUAGAAUCUGCUUGAUGUGUAACAUUUUCCUCUGCAUGGAAGUGGAUGAGGCAAGGCCAUUUGUCCAGGAUUUCAAUAGCCUUAAGCAUGUUUGCUCUUCUUUGUUUUUUGGAUGUUCAAAAAAAAAAAUGUUUAACUUAUCAAGGAAAAGCUCUAAUUUUCUACUUUUGUUAGUUCUAUGACAAGAAACUGGUCAAAUUACUGUCAAGGUUAUUUAUUAAGCCAUUCUUACCAUUUAUUUAAGAAAAAAAUCAUAAUAAUGACAGUAUUCUGGGGCUGAGGGUGUAACUCAGUGGUAAAGCACUUGCCUAGCGUACAAAGGGCUCUGGGUUUAGUCCUCAGCACUGCAAUAAUAUAGUGAAAAUAAUGAUGGCACUAUUGAGCCAGAAGUCACUCAAAGAAUUUUGUAAACACUGUCUAACUCCCCAUUAUUUCUUCAUUAUGUACUAGAUGACAUCAGCAUCUAUAAUCUUAAAGUUUCUUCAUUUAUUUCUUAGAGGGAAAAAAUGCUUUCUCUUUGGUGCCUCAUUUAUGUGGCUUUGUGUCUUCUUGGAACAGUUUCACUAUAUGACAAUGUAACAAUGUACUUUUAAAUAACCAGGUUCAAAACAUGAAGAUCAUUUUUGAUUUGAAUAUUGAUUAAAUACGGGAGAACAAAACCCCUUAUGUGAUGAGAAACGGAGGGGAAACGAACUCUUUACAGAGAAGCCAAGGAAGGAGUUUUUCAAUCAAAUUUCUUCUAACAAAAGACAAUGGGAUAUUUAUGUACAGCAUCUGGAAAUCAUUUUCUACCUUUCCUAAUAUGUGGGUCCAGUGCGGCAAUUGAUUGUAUCAUUUCUGUAAAGGUGAAGAUACUUUUUUAUAAGCAACAGGUAACUUGUGAAUGGAAGAAAUAAUUUACUAGACGCGCUUGAUGAUAAUUGACCUUUAGGUAUAUUGUUAUAUAUGAAUGAUUGUAUUUAUGUAUUUAUUUGUUCAAAAUUGUACAUAUGGUUUUGCCAAAAGUAACUGUGUGUUAAAGUGCACUCUCUGGGUUUGUAGUACUAUUUAGGGUUACAUGGGUUGCCAAUCAAGCUGCUAAUCAGAAUACUAUUUUUUGUAUCAGUGUUACAACGUGUGACAAAUAGCACUGUCUUCUCAUCACUUUCUUUAACUUCCUCUUGAAAUGUAAACUGUUGGUUGAAAGCACGAUGCUAAUGUACAGAUCCAUCUGUCAAGGGGAAGAUCAUGGUUUCAUAAAGCUGAUUUUUUUUAAUUCCUGGGACAAAUAAACAAAAGAAGAACUCA